AUGGCGAUUGCUUUGGCUGAAGCCGACAAGUAUGAGAUCUUGGACAAGAUUGGUUGCGGUUCCUUCGGAAUCAUUCGCAAAGUCAAGCGCAAGACUGAUGGAUUCAUCCUAUGCCGCAAAGAGAUCAACUACAUUAAAAUGUCCCAAAAGGAGCGCGAGCAGCUCACGGCCGAAUUCAACAUCCUAAGUUCCCUUCGCCAUCCCAACAUUGUCGCAUAUUACCAUCGGGAACACCUUAAGGCGAGCCAGGAUCUGUAUCUCUACAUGGAGUACUGUGGCGGUGGAGAUUUGGGUAUGGUUAUCAAGAACUUAAAGAAGGCAAACAAAUAUGCCGAAGAGGAGUUUGUUUGGCGCAUUUUGUCUCAGCUCAUAACUGCUUUGUUCCGGUGUCACUAUGGCUCUGAUCCCGCUGAGGUCGGAUCAAACAUUUUGGGCCCGGCUCCGAAGCCCUCCGGUCUCAAGGGCAAGCAGGGACAAGUCACAAUUCUGCACCGCGACUUGAAGCCCGAAAACAUCUUUCUGGGCAGCGACAACACCGUCAAGCUUGGAGAUUUCGGCCUCUCCAAACAGAUGCAAUCACACGAUUUCGCAUCCACUUACGUUGGAACACCGUUCUACAUGUCGCCAGAGAUCUGUGCCGCUGAGAAAUACACCCUACGCUCCGAUAUUUGGGCGGUCGGGUGUAUCAUGUAUGAGCUCUGCCAAAAAGAGCCCCCUUUCAACGCCCGUACCCACAUCCAACUAGUCCAGAAAAUCCGCGAGGGCAAGUUCGCCCCCUUGCCUGAUUAUUACUCGCCUGAGCUCAAGAAUGUUAUUGGAAGCUGUUUACGAGUCAAUCCUGACCAUCGUCCUGACACCGCCAAUUUGAUUAACCUCCCUAUCAUCCGCUUGAUGCGCAAGGAGAAGGAAGUCGUCGACCUCGGUAAGACUUUGCGCCGACGUGAGGAGGUCGCGGUUCAGAAAGUUCGAGAAAUGGAACAAUGUCUAGCCCAGAGAGAGUCCGAAAAAACGCAGAUGAAAGCGGAGAUUGAAAACACCGUCCGUAGGGAGUGGGAAGUCAAAGCGCGCUUGGAGAUCGACCGCCAGGUGCAGAGCGAGCUCGACCGGCUCCGCAAGAGAUUCGAGUCUGAAGUUCAAGACCGAGUUGCCAUCGAGGUCAAGAAAUACAAGCACUCCUCAAGCGCAAAUAACUCGCGAGACGAUGUAUUCCGUACCAGCACCCAAAAUUCCGGAACAUCUCGUUCGAGCAACCAAGGAUGGCGAUCAUCUCGAUCCUCGGCCAACAUGACCGAUGACACCGACACCACUCCGUCUUCAACUGCAGAUGUCAGCCAGCUUUCACUUGGAUCUCCUCCUUCCAAUAAGCGGAAACAACCUAAGAAGGAGACUCGGACUCCAUUCUGCCGUUCAAAGACCGUCGUGGACUCACCUGUGGAUGUUCAAAUGGCGGAGCCCUCCCCAAUCUCUAUUGCUUCACUUUCAUUGUCCCCACGCCGUACUUCCGGCCAAGGAGGUGCCCGCAACAUCUUCGCAGAGGCUGAGCGAAACAAAGCCAAGUGGGAGCCUACCCUUGCCUACUCGGACGAUGAAGACGAUACCCCGGACUUGCCUUCACCAACUCGCCCCAAGGUGAAACCUGAUCCAUUAAAGGCGCCCCGCCGACCCCUGCUGCGCCAAAAUACCGCCGCAUUCAUGCAGAAGCUCAGCACCCAACCUUCACUGUUUCCUUCAGGCUCGGCUGGAACUCGCCUGCCCCAGUCAACCAACCCAUCUGCCUCCCAGGCGGACGAGAGCAGUCUGACCGACAGCAGAGCGAAGUCUCCUCACCGCCGUCUUACUAAAAUCCCCUCAUCUGCAAACCUCGCUGCCGAUGCCGGUGGCUCACCAACCCGCAAGGGUACUUCCAAGCAACAGCAGCCUCCUCCUAAGGUUGGCGGCGGCGGCGAAGAGAUGUUCAAGGCUGUCAUGCAGCGUAACAUGGGUGGACGUACUCUCGUUGAACUCGCUCAGGCGAGAGCUGGCGGUCGUCCAAUGGACGAAGUCAAGCGCUGUGCUAGUGAUUCCCGCGCUACUGGCCCUACCAUGAGCAUGAAGUGCUCUGAGCGUGAUCCCCCUGCUAUCUGGAAUCCGGAACUGGACGAAAUGCCCAGUCCUUUCCUUGCUCGCGGCAAGAAGGUUAUUCGCAAUCUGCGUUAA